AUGCAUGGGAAAAUCUUCAGGAAGAUUUCCAACCUGACCUCGCUGCAAUCCCCAACCACACAAGUACACAGCCCCGCACAUUCUCAAACCAUACCGGACCUGGCACUCAAAUCAUCCCACGCAACUUGUCAAACCCUUCCAACUAUCAAACUGGCCCCGGCGUUCCGCACCUUGGCGGCAUUCCUGCCACAGGGGCAGGGGUUAUUUCUCCAUACUCGACUCAUUUUAACACAUCACCAAGCCCCCUUGGGGAAAAUGGAACCGAGGCCGGUCCUCAGUUCAACACUUCUAACCCCAAUCACAAUCUCCCUGGCACCCCAGGUGUUCAAGCCUGAAACCACGGAGCACAACCCACCCAAGGCUUGGAUCUUUCAACCCCCCAUCUGUUUUGACCUCUGGAAGCCAUCGGACCCAACCAAACCUAUGAAGCUGAUGAGGCUGCAGGCCCCACCCAACACCCGGGUCCAAUGGGAGGCAGGGAAGCAGGGGGGAUUGGCCCAAUACGCACUCCAUCCCACACCAGUCUCCCCAAUCUUUCCCCCUAUAGACAUGAAGACCGGUAAUCUGCUUCUGACUCCCUCAUCCAACUCAACCACCUCAAUCCGGCCAGAAACCCUGACUUACCAUCUCCUGCAAGAGAAACUUGACAAUCAUGAGGAGUUUGCUCGCAUCGGACAACCCCUCUUCAGUAUUCCGGAACACAAGCGGUGGCCGGCAGCAGUUGCAUUGAUCUUGCAGCAAGCCCAGGUGAACACAUCAUCCCAAGCAGCCACACUGGGCCUGGCUGUCCAGACAAACAAAGAACCCCCCAAUUUCAAGACCCUUGUCAGCACCAACAUCCGGAUCAUCUUGCUCAACCCCAAACUUGACGUAUACGGACAUCGAGGCACUCGCAGCAACCAAAAGGCCGAAACACCAUAUUCAAUGAUGAAGGUCUAUUCAGAUGUUCCACCACCCGCUAGGGCCCGACUGUCUUACAUCCAAUUCAUGAUCAACCUCAACUGUAUCCAACAAGAGGGUAGGACCAAGGGCAAGACGCCAACCUUCUGGCAUCAAAUCAAGGAUGACCUCAAUGCCCACAUCAACAAAGGGCACCUUUGCCAAUAUGCCUUUGGGCAACUGAUCCUACGAAAAGACAAGCGACUGUGGGAUGGUGCCACCGCCUUGGACGAGGUCGACCCGGAAGACUGUGCUCUCCCCACUAAAACUGAAAUCAAAGCCGAGAUUGCCGGUCUCAGUGCAGACCAAUCCUCCCAGGCCAAAGCGGCUGAAUUUCAAUACUCAGACCUCACCACUGCUGAUACCAAAUUGGUGUAUGCAACUUUUCCUCACUCAUUCUCCUACAUAACCUAG